CGUCUGCGCGCAUCCGCGGGGCUGCGCGUGUGUGUGUGCGUGUCUCGGUGUGAGUGUGUUUUUAUUGGAUUAGAGUGGUGUCACGAGUGAGCGGGAGCCGAGCAGUUGACUGCGAGCCAUUGACCAUAGUGAAGUGUUACAUCCAUCGCCGAUCAAGAUGUUACGUGUUGCAAUCGCCUUAUCCUUCGUGUGCCUCGCCGGCGUUCUUGGUUUCGACCAGGACAACGACUGGCAACAAGCGACCUCCAUCUACGACUUCACCGCGGAGGACAUCCGCGGGAACAAAGUCGACCUCUCCAAGUACAAGGACCACGUCUGCAUCAUCGUGAACGUGGCCAGCCAGUGCGGGCUCACCGAGACCAACUACAAGCAACUCCAGGAGCUCUACAACAAGUACUCCGAGUCCAAGGGCCUCCGGAUCCUAGCCUUCCCGUCCAACCAGUUCCUGAGCCAGGAGCCGGGCACUAACGCGGAGAUCCUCGAGUUCACGAAGAAGUACGGCGUCACCUUUGAUAUGUUCGCCAAGAUUGACGUGAACGGAGACAACGCGCAUCCCCUCUACAAGUGGCUGAAGAGCCAGAAGGCGGGAAGCGGGUUCCUGACCGACUCCAUCAAGUGGAACUUCUCCAAGUUCCUUAUCAACAAGCAGGGACAGGUCGUCGACCGCUUCGCCCCCGCGACAGAGCCCCUGAAAAUGGAAGACGACCUGAAAAAGUAUUUCUAAGAUUUAAUUACUGCGCAGAGAAAAAAUUAUGGUGCGCGACCGAGCCCCUGAAAAUGGAAGAUGACCUGAAAAAAUAUUUUUAAGAUUUGAUUACUGCCCA